GAGCAGAAGGAGCACAGGGUUGUCUGACUGUCUGCUGUUGGACAGGGUUGUUUUUGCUGUUGUCGUCUUUUCAGUUGAGUGUGACCAUUCAUUGAGUUUAUAGAAGAAGUGGAUUGAUGAGCAACAUGUGGGCUGGACGUCCACAGACAGAGCAGGUUCGUCCUGCUCUGGGGCCUGACUGCUAAGCAUGCUGGGUAAGGCUCCGCCCACUACCAGCAGCCUGAACCUGGUGAACGCUGAAGUUUCGGACCCCAACCCAGUCUCGGACGUACACGACGGUGUCAAGAUGGCUGACCUCGUGGAAAGCCUGGAUACCAGAGAGCUGGACAUAGGAGAGGGAGAGGAGAUUGACUAUGAUGGAAAUGCCGUUGGGGACUCUCGGAUCCCUUUUUCAGCGGUGUAUGCCACAGUGGGCUUCAAGGAGACCACAGCUAAGGUCUACCUCCCCGCCGUACCCAUAACCGCCAGGAUCCUGGAGGUGGAGAGGUUCACCACCGCACAGGACCGCUUCAACCUGUCGCACCACCGGAGCGUCAACAAGUCUUUGCCGGCGGUGUUUAAGAUCGAGCUCAAGCACGGUGAGUUUACCUGGGUGGUAAAGAGGAAGGAAAAACAUUUCAUGGAGCUGCACAGAGAACUGAGGACGUACAAGACCUUCAUGAGGAUACCGCUACCGUCACGGAGUCACACCGUGAGGAGAAGGACAGUGAGGAAGAGUGAGGUGAGGGAGAUGCCUUCACUGCCCAGAGGUGGAGGAGAUGAGCUAGUGCGAGAUGAGCAGGUGUCCAGCAGGAGGAGACAAUUAGAAGACUAUUUGAACAAGCUGCUGAGGAUGGCAAUGUACCGCAAAUAUCACCAUACUAUGGAGUUUAUUGACGUCAGCCAACUGUCGUUCAUUCAUGACUUGGGGCCCAAAGGACUUGAAGGGAUGAUCUAUAAGCGCUCAGGAGGACAUCGUAUUCCUGGCAUGAACUGCUGUGGGCACACCCAGGCCUGCUACCGCUGGUCCAAACGCUGGCUGGUGGUGAAGGACUCCUUCUUGCUGUACAUGAAGCCGGACUCAGGGGCGAUCUCCUUCGUCCUGUUGGUGGAUAAAGAGUUCAGCAUCAAGAUGGACUCGAAAGACACGGAGACCAAACACGGAGUUCGGAUCGACAGUCUGUCCAGGACUCUGGUGUUUAAGUGCAGCAGCUACAGACACGCCCGUUGGUGGGGUCAGAGCAUCGAGAGCUUUGUGAGGAAUCAUGGGAAGGCUUUUCUCAGAGAUCACCGCUUCAGCUCCUUUGCACAGGAACAGGAAAACAUCUCCGCCAAAUGGUACGUGAAUGGUAAGACGUACAUGGAAGAUGUGGCCGAUGCUUUGGAGGAAGCUAAAGAGGAAAUCUUUAUCACUGACUGGUGGCUGAGUCCAGAAAUCUUCCUGAAGAGACCUGUGGUGGAAGGCAACAGAUGGAGGCUCGACUGUAUCCUUAAACGCAAAGCACAACAAGGAGUACACAUCUUUGUGAUGUUGUAUAAGGAGGUGGAACUUGCCCUGGGCAUCAACUCAGGCUAUAGCAAGAGGACUCUGAUGCACCUGCACCCCAACAUCAAGGUGAUGCGUCACCCGGACCACGUCUCCUCCUCUGUCUAUCUGUGGGCACAUCACGAGAAGAUUGUUGUCAUUGACCAAUCAGUGGCAUUUGUGGGUGGGAUCGACUUGGCGUACGGUCGAUGGGAUGACAGAGAGCACCGGUUGACGGAUGUGGGCAGCGUGACGCGAUCUGUGGCUCUGGAGCAGGCCGGCUUCACCAAUACUCCGUCCAGUAAGGGUGUGUCCUCUGCAGAUGGUGUUUCCCAGAGCAACGGGCGAGGAACACCACCCAGCGACCCAGUGGAAUUACCCAAACUGAAGGGCAUCGGACGCAGCAGGAAGGCCCGCUUCAGCCUGUACAGACACCUGCACAAACACACUCUGCAGCACGCGGACAGCGUCAGCAGCGUGGACAGUGCAGGGAGUGGGUCAGUGAAAAGCCUGAAGACCGGAGUGGGAGAGUUACAGGGCAACACACGCUUCUGGCACGGAAAAGAUUACUGCAACUUCGUCUACAAGGACUGGAUCCAACUGGAGAAACCUUUUGACGACUUCAUCGACAGGUACACCACUCCCAGAAUGCCUUGGCAUGACAUUGCCUCAGUGGUUCAUGGGAGGGCGGCCCGGGAUGUGGCCAGACACUUCAUUCAGCGCUGGAACUUCACUAAGAUUAUGAAGCCAAAGUAUCGCUCCCUGUCGUACCCAUUCCUCCUCCCCAAGUCCCACUCCAGCACCAGUGAACUCAGAUACCAAGUCCCCGACUCUGUUAACGCCAAAGUGCAGGUGUUGCGCUCCGCUGCAGACUGGUCUGCAGGAAUUAAAUACCAUGAAGAGUCCAUCCAUAAUGCCUACAUCCAGGUCAUCGCCAAGAGCAAACACUACAUCUACAUCGAGAACCAGUUCUUCAUCACUUGUGCCGACAACAGGACAGUCCACAACAAGAUCGGUGACGCCAUCAUCGAAAGGAUCAUCAGAGCGCACAAGGAAGGUAAAAAGUUCCGUGUCUAUGUGGUCACGCCGCUGCUUCCCGGCUUUGAGGGCGACAUCACCACAGGCGGAGGGAAUGCCAUCCAGGCCGUCAUGCACUUCAACUACAGGACUAUGAUCAGAGGAGAACACUCGAUUAUCUCCCAGUUGAAGAAAGAGAUGGACGACCAGUGGAUGAACUACAUCUCCUUCGCCGGUCUGCGAACCCACGCCGAGCUGGAGGGACGGCUGGUCACAGAACUCAUCUACGUCCACAGCAAGAUGCUCAUCGCCGACGACAACACAGUCAUCAUCGGUUCUGCUAACAUCAACGACAGGAGCAUGCUGGGUAAACGUGACAGCGAGGUGGCAGUGAUCGUUGAGGACUCUGAGAAGGUUGCUGCGGUGAUGGAUGGACAGGAGUACGAGGCCGGACCGUACGCCCUUCAUCUACGCCUCGAAUGCUUCAGGACGAUCCUCGGAGGGCACACUGACAGUAGUAUUGACCUGGCUGACCCCAUCAGUGACCGUUUCUAUAAAGAGGUGUGGAUGACCACAGCCGGCCGCAACGCCACCAUUUAUGAGAAGGUGUUCCGGUGCCUGCCGUCGUCCUUGGUCAGGAACAUGUCGGAGCUGGAGCAGUACCAGUCCAAGCCGGGUUUGGCUCAGACCGACGUGACCAGAGCACAGGAAGAGCUGCGCAAAAUCCGAGGCUUCCUGGUCCAGUUUCCUCUGGACUUCCUGUCUGAGCACAACCUCAUGCCGUCUGUCGGAACAAAGGAGGCCAUGGUCCCCACUGAGAUCUGGACAUAAGGACCCCCUCCCACCACGAAUACGUCUGCUGAAUAUCUUAAGUGAAGUCUCUGGUUUGUAAUCAUCAUGUAAAGUGUAUUUCCAAAAAACAGGAACUUUGAUCGAUGUAAUCCAGAGACGAGAACCGGGCAUUGACAAACCUCUCAGAACUGUCUCUGUGUAUUAUUAUUAUUGGAUGUAUGAAGAAGACACACAGACAAAAAUGCACUCGACUGCACUCAGACUGUGGGAAAAAAAAAACAAACAAAAAAGGCACAUGAACUUGGAUUUUAUGGGAAUCAAACUUUUGGAUUUGAGAUCUUCAGACUGUGGGAAAUAUUGAUCAGAAAGUGAAGAUUGAUGAGGGACCACGGAGAAGCUGGAGAAACGCUGGGGGAAAAUUCAACUUUUGGUUGAAGAAUAAUCACAGAAUAAUAAAAAAAAGAGUUAUGCAUGUGAUUUACUGAGUUUGUGAUGUACAGUAUGCUUGUAAGGUACAUUAGUGCUAUGUACCGUCAGCCUGUCAGUCAGUUGUUGAGCGUGCAUUCUGUAUGUGCUGCUCUCUGCAAGUUCUCUGAGAUUAAAGUGAUUUACAGUAUAUAU